UUGUCGCCGUGCGAUUUUGAGGUUAUGUACCAUCCUUUUUGAGGAAUUUUCGCCACAGGAAAGCUCUGGAAAAAAUCUCCAAAUCCUGUGAAUUUUGAGUUCCAAUAGUGAUUGUUUGCGUGCCAGUGCGUAAAAGAAGAUGUCUCAGGUGGAAAUUGUGAAAAAAAUUUCCAAUUACUUGCAGGUGGAUGCGGGAAACUUAUCCCAAAAUCGCGACAAGGUGGUUACUAGGACACUUGAUGGUGCCACUAAGGUUUCGGGAUUUUCAACAGUCGUGUCUAGUCUUGCGGGAAAAUUCAGGAAUCUCGAGGAAGAGUGUCUAAUACGGCAAUGGUUGGAGUACUGCAGCCUUUACGUCAAUCCUGCAGUUUUGAACAGCAAUAGAUCUCACCUGAGGAUUCUCCUUGAGGAGUUAAAUGACUACCUAGCUACACGAUCAUAUUUUGUGGGUAAUUGUUUGACGCUAGCUGAUGUUGCCAUCUUCCAUUCCAUCGGAAACUCAAUGGAGAGCCUCCAAAAUGCCGAUAAGGAAAAAUUUAUCCACCUGUCCAGAUGGUAUGAUCAUCUGCAGCAUAUGGACAGUGUCCGACAGGGCUUGACACUUGUGAAUUUCUCAUCUCUUCGUAUUGUCAGAUAAAGCUAUCUCUUUGAUACAAUAAAGAAAGAUAAUGGGAAUUUUGACCUCUAA